UUAAGAUCUCAAAUGACAAAUGCCUAGCUAUUGUAUUGGCUUCCGUUCUUAAAUAAAUCUGGUUAGUUCAAGUUUCAGACAAAAUUUAUCAACCAUAACAAACUGCUAUCUAGCCCUGAGCAUGCAUUACUGGUGGAUUGUAUCACUAUUUGGUCAACGUGCAGUGUAAACUGGUCAUAUUACUCUGAAGCUUAAAUUUGUAUAAUGGUAUUGGAAUAGAGGCAAGCCACACAAUAUUGAUCUCAAUGAUUGGCUGUGAUGUUUAAUGCGGAUUCAAAAACUGGUCAGAAGAAGUGCGGAAUACAAGUGUAUAGUGACUAUUUGUAAAUCACAGGCAGGUAAAUCACAGGCAAACAAUGCAGGAAGAUUUUUAAAGCAAUAGUACAUGUAUUAAGUGUUUUCUUUUGGUGGAAAACUGCAGAUCAAAAGUAGUAGGAAGUGGAGUAUACGCAACUUAACAAUAAAGAGUCAAGAUGAACUUUAGGCAGCGAUUGAAAAGUUUACUGACCCUAUUAGUGUUGGUUUCAACGAUAGGUGGUGUUCUUUUGUUCCUACAUUACAAAGAAGAAAUGACAAGACUCAAGCCACGCUUGGAGCAAAGGCAGAUUCCAAUCUUAGCAGACAUCAAACAACCAGAAUUUAUUGUGCAAAAUGAAACAUCACAAAAUCACAAUAUCCAUGGCGACGCUGUGAAAGCUGGAAAUGUGAGCAACACUAGCAAAUCUGAAACUCUUCAGACAAUACUUUCUCCUGUGAACAACCUAGAAAUGAUUGUAAGAGAGAAAAAGUAUGAAUAUUUCACAGAUAAAUUUGUGAUUGACAAAGAGCCAUUCUUGUCAUGGUUUAACAAAAAAAAUGAAAUACACAUAUGUGGGGAUCGCUUAAAAGUUUAUGGCAAUUAUUUUGGAGUAGCAAGGAAUAUUGUUAUGCACCCUGAAAAACAGAGCACAAAUUCUGUGAAAGGAGGUGAGCAAGUUAAGGCCGUUCUUGGACAAACAGAGGGCCAGGAAUAUUUUAAUCUGAAUUCCGACUUCUGGGAACUUAGUUGUGAUACUAAUGAUACCACCCAACAAAAACUGUCCAAUUCAGGUUUGAACUGGAAAAAUAACAUUAAAAUUGUGUCAACAGCGAAUAAUGCUUCUAAUCAUGUACAUAAAUAUACGUUUGGGGUCCUAAGAGGUGACUAUGCUAACCUUCACAACUGGAUGAGGUGUAUCUUUAAUGUGUUUAUUCUUAUGUCCUUCCUCAAGGUACAGCCUUCUGAAAUGUCCAUUCUCUUUCUUGAUGCCCAUCCUUUCACGCCAUUGGAUAAAGCUUGGGAUGUUAUUUAUAGCACACCAAUCAGAGUUGGCCAUCUAAGUCAACCGGUGCACUAUGAGAACUUCAUAUGGGGAGUAGAGGAGAGACUUAUGCCAUUUAGUGAGCAUGUUGAUCCCCCAAUUCCUUACCUAGAAGAAUUUCGUACAUUUGUGUUGGACCGAUUUGAUUUGCCUACAAAGGAUGUGCUUAACUGUAAGAAAUUACGCAUCACUUUCAUAGUGCGUAGAAAUGCAGUGUAUCAUCCGAGAAACGCUGAAGGAAACGUUGGAAGAAAGGUCUUCAACGAAGCAGAAGUUGUGGAAACACUAAUGAAGGCUUUUCCUGGUUCUCAUGUACAGGCUGCCUUAAUGGAAGCCCUCCCAAUGAAGUCCCAACUGGAAAUCAGCAGCCAGACAGACUUGUGGAUUGGAAUGCACGGAGCUGGCAUGACCCACAUUGCAUUUCUACCAAAGCACGCAGCAGUGCUGGAACUCUUUCAGAAGGAUUUUAAGGUGAACCGUCCCUGGUUUGUGUGUUUCCACAGCAUAACAAUGUGGCGAGGCAUGCACUAUGAUUCUUGGGAGAACACCGAUGGAAAUCUAGAAAUGCCUCAUGACUAUACCAUUGUGCCUACAGAUGUCAUUGCUCAAAAGACACAGAAACUAGUGGAACAGAUGUGCCCUAAAUAGAUGCAUGAACAGUUCAUUUAUUAUAUAUAUUCUGUAAACAUAAUGGAGUUACUGAGAAGCAAGUACUAUAAUGAAUCAUUUAUAUAUCAUGCACAUUAUGUUCCUGACCACAUGAUAACCACCAUUCCAGCUUUACUCUUCAAUAUUACAUCAAUAGAAAUUCAAUGUCCAUUUUCAUUGGUUAGUAUUUUUAGUUGUCAUUAUUUUAAAUGCAAAUGUUCACAACUGUCCUACCUCUUAAUGGCCUUCAAGAAUUAUGGCAUGUAUGCUCCUUAGUGAUGUUGUAUUAAUUUCUAUAUGAAAUAAUGUUAAAACAGCAAAACAAAAUUUUUUACCAAAGAGAUCACAGUUCCUAUGUAUCAGAAAAAAUAAUAACUUUCUUAUUUCUUAAAUCUUACAGCAUUUAAAACAUUAGUUUACAUAACAAUUUGUGCCUUACCUUCUGGGCUAAAUAACAUGAUAAGAAAGCUAAUUAAUUUGUGUCAAUCUACAAUUAGUAAGCUAGUCAUAUUAAUAAUAAGUCUUUAUUACUGAA